AUGCCCAUACCUACUCCUGCUCCACACCCAGAAAAAGGCCAUUUUAGCAACCAAAUGUUGGAGUUGUAUCAGCAAAACCGUACAACGCAGGCACAACCAUCACAUGGAGGUGAAGCCAAAGGUAGCUCUGCUGGUGUGCGUAAUAAACAUUCAUCUGUAAAACCUGAAGAAAACUCCAAGGAACCAUCUGCUCAUGGACGUCAUCAAGUAUCCAGACUGUCAAAUUUGCAGCAUUCUACCUCAACAGGUGCUGGAGGUCACCAUGAUGUUGGGCACUCAAAUUCAGACAAGCAUUUUUCUGGCCACAAAAUGCUUCAAAAUAACAAUGGUGGCAGCAAAGUAAAGAACAGGAGUGGAACUAAAACGGAUGCUUGUAUGGACAGAUUGCACCAUGACAAAAGGUCCUCGCCUGGACAUCAUUAUUCCAAGGCCAGCUAUGAGUCUCAUAAUCUAGCGGAAGAACAUAAACCACAUCGAUCACAUGAUAAUUCCAAUGAAACAAGAGAUAGUGUUGGUGACAAAGAAGCUCCUGGGCUGUCAACCUUGAGAAUAGAUGUGAUAAAUGUGAUGGACGAUGGUGAUCUACUUGAUAGAGGGCUAGAACAUGGUGUUGAAUUGGCUGUUGAGGAUGAGAAGGUUAAGCAGGAUAAGGGGCAGAACUUGUCCCAAGGUAGCAUGCCUCCAGCUGAUCUUCAAAACACUAACCAAGCAAUGGAGAGCGGUCACCAUGUCAAGCAGGGUGUACCAACAACUGCUGAAGACAUGAGCUUCUCGGACAGUAAAGAACAUCCUCUACCAUUUCAUAAGCAAAAUGAUGCUCCUGAGUACAAGGCACAGUAG